AUGUUUUCUGUAGGCUCCGCUUUUUUCUGUACCAGCUGUGGUUCUCUUCUCGAUUUAAUUAGCGAUAUGUAUAUCGUAUGUACUCAAUGCCGUGCAUCGUAUCCAACAUCAGAUAUACCCGAUUUUAAUAUUGUCACUACAUCUCGAUCAAAAGCAUUUGGAUCAUCUCUCAGACAAAUGGAUAUUUCUUUGAAUUCAUUGGAAACAGAUACUGCUGCUAGCAUUAUUAACGAAACAUGUCCAAAAUGUGAAUAUAAGAAGAUGCGGUUUCAAACACUUCAAAUGAGAAGUGCAGAUGAGGGAGCAACAGUAUUCUAUGAAUGUCUUUUUUGCGGAUAUCGCUUUUCUACAAAUGAAUAA